CAGUCGGCCGGCGUCAGUCGCGUGAGUCGCGUGUGCGCCGCCCGCAUGCCCGCGCCUCGCCUGCUGCCCGCGCGCUGGUGGCGCCGCCGCGAGCAUGAGGCGCCACGCAGCCUGCCGCACCUGCCUCAUCCGCCCCACCCGCCGCGCGACAUGGAGCGGCGGCCGCGGGCGUCGCGAGUGCCGAGCUCCCCCGCGCGCCAGCACCGCCCGCACCACCCGCCGCGCGACGACGACGAGCUCGAGCGCGCCUACCCCUCCAUGGGCCAGCUGGAGUACGUGCUCGCGGGCUCCUCGCCGCCCGCCGAGAGCGCGCCCAACAUGUACGACAGCUUCGAGGAACCGCCGCUCGACCUAACUGCGCACAUCUGCGGCGACUCGUUACGUCAGAGCGCGCAUGAGCAGAUGCGCGCCGUCGGCGGCCGGCUGCGACUCCUCGACGAGUUGGAGACCGGAGCCAUCACGGCCGACACGGCUGCCAACACCUUCGCAACCGCUUCCGAGGCCGAAAAGAAUGUAUGCUUGUUUUGGGCAGCCUUCCUUAGACUAGCAAACCUGCUACCGAUACUGGUGGAUGCUGGAGCGGAUCCGUUGUACUUUGAUGCAUUAGGAUUGUCACCUCUGCACGUGGCCGCCUUCAGCGGUUCUAUAGAAUGCGCCAAUUAUCUCCUAUCGUGCGGCGCCGAUCCAAAUUACAUGGCCCGGUGUUUCGCGCCCCUCCACUGCGCGGCGUUCGGUAACUCUGUGCAAGUGGCUAAUUUGCUAAUUUCCCGUGGCGCUUCCGUGCACGCCGCGGUCAAGUACGUCAAUUGCGAGGGUGGUCUGCUGCACUGCGCGGUACGAGCCAACUCCGUCGAGUGCCUCAAGUUGUUCAUAUCUCACGGAGUCGACGUGAACUUGAUAGAGCCAGGCGGCACCAAUGCCAUUCACCUCGCCGCCGAUUUGGGGAUGAUACAAUGCCUAACUAUAUUGUUGGAGACGCCGGGCGCUGACGCUAAUGUUAGAACACGAGUGGGGGACCGAGAGUCGACGGCGCUGCACUUGGCGGCCGACGGAGGGUUCGUGGAAUGCGUUGAUUUAUUACUGUCUAAAGGCGCAGACGCCAGUUUGAAGAAUCACCGCGGAUUUACGGCGCUGCACCUCGCCGCGCGCUCUUCCAGUUUGGAAUGCGUCGAGUCUUUACUCCGGAAAGGCAAUGCGGAGCCGAACGCUAUGGACUUUGACAAAAGGACGCCGCUUCACGCAGCGAUAGGGAAGUCGGACUCAGCGUGCGACAUCAUCGAGACGCUGAUCAGUUGGGGCGCAAACGUGAACCAGAAGGACGAGUACGGGUUCACUCCGCUGCACCUGGCGGCGCUCGACGGACUCUCCGCCUGCGUGGAGACGCUCAUAUACCACGGAGCUGACGUCACAACCAGAUCUAAAAAAGGAAACUCCGCUCUUAAUGUAAUAGCUAGAAAAACGCCCGCCUCGCUCGCAAUGAUAACGAGGAAAUUGGACUGCGCCAUUACACUCCAUCACUCGCAGACGAGUAACAGGGAGGUGGAGCUCGAACUAGACUUUCGCAGCAUACUACAGCACUGUUACCCUCGGGAAAUCAGUUACUUGAACACCUUCGUUGAUGAAGGGCAGAAAGAAGUACUUUUACAUCCGCUUUGCUCCGCGUUUUUGUACAUAAAAUGGGAGAAAAUCCGCAAAUACUACGUGGCUCGGUUAUUCUUAAGUUUUAUAUUUGUUUUAUGUUUAACUUUGUAUGUCUUGACGGCUUUGGCCCACAACUGUUACAACGGUAGCAAAGAUAUGGAGGAGACAAUUCAGGAACAAGAAUUAUGUCAAAAACAGUCGAUACUUGGGGAUUUGCUACGUAAAAAUCCAUUUGUAAUAGAAAUGCAAUGGUGGGUGCUAGCUGGCAUAACGAUAUUCGAAAUAUUCAGAAAGGUUUACGGCAUCGCUGGCUAUUCAACUGUUAAACAAUACCUGAUGCAAUCUGAGAACAUAAUCGAAUGGUUUGUGAUUGUAAGCGUGUUUCUAAUAUCGUAUAUUUACACAAACAUCACGUAUGCGUGGCAGAAUCACGUCGGCGCGUUCGCGGUGCUCGCCGGCUGGACGAACCUCAUGAUGAUGAUCGGACAGCUGCCCGUGUUCGGCACCUACGUCGCCAUGUACCAGAAGGUGCAGAAAGAAUUCGCUAAACUCCUUAUGGCAUAUUCCUGCAUCUUAAUUGGAUUUACUAUUAGUUUUUGCGUAAUUUUUCCCGACUCGUCGUCAUUCGCAAAUCCUUUCAUGGGCUUUAUUACAGUACUAACUAUGAUGAUUGGCGAACUAAACUUAGACCUUUUACUGAACGAACCGGACGGGAACGAUCCCCCAGUCCUGUUAGAGAUAUCCGCACAAAUCACGUACGUUUUGUUCUUAAUGUUUGUCACUGUUGUACUAAUGAAUUUACUCGUAGGUAUCGCUGUCCAUGACAUUCAAGGAUUGAGGAAGACAGCUGGCUUAUCUAAACUCGUACGCCAAACGAAACUGAUUUCAUAUAUGGAGCUAGCUUUGUUUAAUGGUUAUUUACCAAAAUGUUUACUUAAAAUUCUACAUUCUUCAGCUCUUGUCUCGCCGCAAGCAUACAGAGUUGUAUUAAGCGUUAAGCCUUUAAAUCCGAGCGAGAAAAGAUUACCGAGAGACAUAAUGAUGGCGGCGUACGACAUCGCAAAGAUGCGUAAACAGUACGGGCAUACAAUAUCGUCGAGCGGGUCUACGACAGGCGCAUACUCUUGCUUCAAAAAGUACGAGAACAACAAUGAUUCGGGGUACCGAGAGUACGGGUACUCAGGACUCGGCAGCUUACACGCGAGACUUGAUGAGACUUCGGAGAAUGUAAGACAACUGACACAGGAAGUAAGGGAAUUAAAGAAGUUAAUAAGCGCCCAACAGCUAGUGAUCCAGCAAGCUCUGGCAGGCGCGAUGGACCGUUGAUGAUAUAAUGGGCGGCCGAGUCAUUUUAUUUCAAUGCCAACGGUACACAAGUCAACAAACUACGGAGCGAAUUAACGGCGCUCCGGAGCUCGGCGGUACGGCGGACCCCAUUGUGCGCGUCGCGGACUUAAAUUCAGAGCGUGAUAUUUUUUGCUUUACGGUCGAUGGGAGCUAGUUAAUUUCACGGGAAACAGUUGUGAUUAAAAAUAAUUGUAUUAAUUUAUGAUUGUGAUAUUUGUAAGUAAUUUUAAUGUUAA